AUGAAGAAAUUUCUGCAGAACAAGAAAGGCAGAUACUCUUUCAGGAACCAGAACAAGCCUGCCGUCCCUCGCUAUCCAUCUAAAGAUGACUGUAAGUCUGUCUGUAUGACUUUCAUCCACUUAUUGAAACAAUUACUGUACUGUUUCAAGACUUUGGAGGUUGAAAGCAGAAACUGACUCUGUUGUAGGGUUAAUGUUAGAUUAUCUGUUAAACAUGAUCAGACAGAAUAGAUAUUUGUAUAAUUCUAUAUUUGGCAUGUGUGACCUGUCGUGUCAGGGACGUUUUUGGAAGCAAACUCAUGUAGGUUUAUUCAUGCUGAUCCUGUUUCAAUGCUAUACCUGUUAAAGUUUAUAUAAUGUUAUAAAGCUUCCAAAAUGAUGCAUUAGUGAUUUGAGUGUAUUACCACAAAAAGCACGAUAAGCUGCACUCCUAGAUUUAAAUGUGUUUUCUGUGUUUGGCUAUGGCAGAUAUUUUUGCAUAGAAAACAUUGCGUCUUAUAUGCUUGAGUCACUCUCAUGCAAGCAAUAGUUUGAUAUUAUUUCAGAGCCUUCCGUCAGAUAGAGAGAGAUUCAGUGAACUUGGAUGUACAGUAAAAUUGAUUAACUUUGGAAGAGAGUGCUUCACGCUCCUCGAGGGCAAGUACUCUUAGAUGCCUUUGGAGUUGUGUUCGAGGUCAGCGACCCCAAGGGUUCGACAGGGGCUGAGAGCACCGCACUGCUUCUCAUCUCAAUCCACAGGCGACAGAACAUCUUUCAGUUGAUUCUCGUCAUACUCCAUGUGUUUCUUCAUAUUCCUCUCCUCUUCGUCAUUCUUAUUUUCUCUCGUGUAGUCAUUGCGAUGCCGACGUCCAAUCAGGGCUGGCCAGAGGAGUUUGGCUUCCAGCUGGGAGGAAGUGGUCCCAGCUACAUCCUGUCUGUGGAGGAGGGGAGCAGUGCCUACCUGGCGGGGCUGCAGCCAGGUGACCAGGUCAGAGAGAUUCUAGAUUCUAAACUAAACCGAAAGGCCCAAUCAGCAAUUAUUAUAAUCCUUUAUUUAACCAUUAUUUAACAAGGCAAGUCAAUUGACAAACAUGCAUUUAAUAGUACUACAGGUAUGUUAAUACUACGAUGGUAUGAUAAUAGUAUGAACAGGGAUUUAUACUGGAAAAGCUGUUUCUCUGUCUCUUCCUUAUUCUGUCUCUCUGUGACCAGGUGCUGGAGAUCGAGGGCCAGAAUGUGUGCACUUUGGGAUUCCAGGCCGUUAUCGCCAUCGCUCAGACCCAGAGGAACAUCCCUCCCAGCAUCGGAGUGGUGUCUCGCAUCCAGCAGGUCUGAACUCGCUCUGACUGGGACUCACCUGGCACCAUCAUACUGUAGCACAAUGUUUGAUACUUCGGAUUUUAAGUAUUUCUGUAUUUCUGUUUGUGCCUACUGAAAAUCUGACUCACUGUAUUUCUGAUACCUCAUGUAACCUCAGAAACUGUAGGGGCAAUGCUGGAUUUGUCAUGCUAAUAUCAUCGGCAAGGCCAUACUUUUCAAGUCAUUAGUGAAAAUAAUUUCUCUCUAUCUUAAUAUAAUACAGUGAAAGUUAAAUAAGAAUUCAAUCUCUGCCUCUCAGAUGGACAUCACCCCGGGUCCUGACGGUCGUUUCGGCUUCACCAUCGUGGGAGACUGCCCCCUUCUGGUGGAGGACUGUUCCCCCUGCUCUCCGGCAGGACGGGGUGGCCUGCGGGCCGGCGACUACGUCAUGGAGGUCAAUGGGAUCCCGGUGAGGCAGCACGAGAUGGCGGCGGCGCUGAUCAAGGCAUCCCAGGGGCGUACUCUGAGGCUGGGGGUGCUGUGUCUGGGGCCCAGACGGAAAGUACGCAGCAGUGAGAAUAUGGAUGAGAUACAGCCUGAGGGAGACGGGAUGAGGACGGACCGCAAACACAAGGCCCUGGAGUUCAACAGGAAGGUGAGGCUUUCAAUUAAACUAACUGUUAUAUGACUUGGAGCUAUACAGGGGAAUAUUGAUGUUCAGAGAAAACAACAUUUUGAAAGAGACACUUUACUGUUAGAAAAUCAUUACGCAAGCCUACUGAGCUUACUUCCUUAGUUAACUAAUUUGAUACUUCUUUGUAAAGGUUUACCAUCUUUCUUUAGGGAGUCUGUAUACAAUAUAGGCCCUUCAACAACAGUUAUUGAUAUCUUUCAGAUUGACCAGAUUUUGGGGGAGGAGCCUGAGGUGAAGGAGAAGCUGUUUGCGGUGCUGAAGCAGUACGCUGCGGAGAAGAAGGUUGAUUGGCUGGCCUCUGUCCUCCCAGACAUCCUCACCACUGACGAGCAGCAGACGCUCAUCGGCCACAUC